AUAAAAAAAGAAAGAAAGAAUAAAUGACUGAGCAGCAGAAGUCGGUGAAAGUGGACGCGGUGCCGCGCCUGCAGCUCUUCAACUGCGUGCACGCGGACUGCGGCGCGACCUUCACGCGCAAGUGGCGUCUCGAGGAGCACGAGACCGCGCACACCGGAGCGCGGCCACACAAAUGCCCCGCGGAAGGAUGCGCGCACCAGUUCUCGCGCAAGUCGCACCUCAGCAGGCAUAUCCUCAAGCACGACGGCAAAAUCUUCAGGUGCUCUAUACUGAGCUGCGGGAAAACCUUCUGCAACAGGGACCAGCUGAGGAGACAUGUCCGCUACACACACGGGGACAAGGAGCGCUACUUUAAGUGCACGUUUCCUGCGUGUGCAAUGACGUUCCGGAAGCGGCGCUUGCUGAAGCUCCACCAGGCGACUCAUGGCGUCACUGCAACGUUCAGGUGCUCGAGGGCCGGCUGCCGUAUGACAUUCCGUUCUCACGUUGCUCGAAAAGCCCACGAGAAAACCCAUACAGGUUAUCGCUGUCCUCAUGCGCAGUGCCCAGUUGUGGAACAUACCUGGGGUAAAUUACUGAAACAUGCAGCUAAACACCCAGCCAUACACACAUGCUCCACAUGCAAGAAGACGUUUGUGAAACAUGAAGCAUUGCGGCGGCACAAGCGCACUCACGCCCUGCAGAAACCUGUGCUGCUGUGCCCUAGCGAAGGCUGCCAGGCGUACUUCUCCACCACCUUCAACCUGCAGCACCACAUCCGCAAAGUCCACCUGAAGCUACUGUGCCAUCACUGCUCCUAUCCUGGCUGUGUCAAAGCCUUCGCCAUGAGGGAGAGUCUGAUUCGUCACAUGUUCCAUCAUGACCCAGAUGCUGCAAAGCUCAAGCGGAGACGGAAGCGGAGCAGCAAGAGCUGGCAAAAGCGUUUGGAGGGCCGCAGCCAGCGCUCUCUGGUGGAAGACAACCUGCGGCGUCUCUUUACGCUGCGCAUGCGCUUCCCUCGCCGCACCAAGGUGGAGGCCAACCUGUCCGGGUUAUUCAAUGAGCGCAAAAUCCCACACCAUGUCGACCCCGAGGUGAACUUGAGCGACCUCUUUAACAUCAAACCCUCUCAAAAGGUCAAAAGUUAAGCUCUGACAAACUUCACGUCAAUGUUUAAAGUAGGAAAAAAGAAAAAGCUUUUUUUUUUUUUUAAGCCAGCAAUCAUUUUGAGUGAACAUUUUUGGAUUGUAAACCAGAUGUUUAGUUUAAAGUAAAAUAUUAAAGCUGUAAAAAUACAAGGGGUUUGAAGAAAAGUUCUGUAUCCAGUGAGUUUGGCCUGUUUUCUGAUUUACAUGGAUUUUAUUUUGGUGCCAGUUCAUAAACCUGAUUCAAGUUUAAUUUGUGUAAAUGUCAUGCAUGACGACAUUAAUAAAUGAGAUGAAAGCUGAAA